AUGGCUGCUGCUACCAGGACUAUCAGCUGGGCUGCUCCUUCCCUGCCAUACAGGUGGUCCUCUCUCAGAGGGCCAGUGAGUCCUGCGUUUUCCUCCUUUCCAGCUCCAGGCUUGCAGGCAAGCCCCAUCCCACUAGGCCUCCUGGCAGCCUUCCACCUCAACCACACAUCUUCCUCUCUCCUUCUUCCACCCAACUCUCAUGCCCCUGAGCAGGCUCCAACACUUUUUUAAGGGAGUCCAGAUCCUUGCCAAGCCUCCUGUUGGGGAUUGGCUGAGGUCCCUCAAAAGUGCAGCCAACCACUCCUCAGAUCCACCCACUGCCUCCAAGGCCCUCCUCCGAAAGCCUUAGAGCAGGGGUGAAUUCCAGAGGGGCUGGCCUGCAGAGUUUCUCAGUCCUGACUAGAAUUUUACCCCUCUGACUAUCUCAUCUGAGCUGCUAAUCAGCUCCUCA